UAUGUGUUUGUAGUCAUAUGUUUUUAUUACUUUUCUUCAUAACCUCACGUAACGGAACAACAAAUUUCUAACCUUAAACAAGUAGUAUAAAUAAGUCACAGAAAUUACAAUGACCGAUAAUGAAGUGUGUUUGAGGUGGAAUGCGUUCAAAAAUAAUUUAAUGACUAGUUUGGAAUCAUUGUGGAAUGAAGAUGAAUAUGUGGAUGUCACAUUGUCCUGCGGAGGUCAGCAGAUCCAUUCUCAUCAAAUUGUCUUAUCAGCAAGCAGUCCAUUCUUUAAUGAAAUAUUCAAGGAUACAUGUGCCAUACAUCCAGUUGUGAUAAUUCCUGAUACAUCCAUCUUAAACUUAAAACAACUACUUAAAUUCAUGUAUACUGGAGAAAUAUAUAUAGAAGAAAAUAAUUUGGUUGAAUUCCUUCAACUUGCCGAGGACUUACAAGUUAGAGGUCUUUACGGACGGAAAUUCGAGUCAAAUGAGAAAGUACAGGUCGAUGAACCUCCUAGUAAAAUCUUGAAUUGCACUAAAGAGAAGAGCUCAAAGCGGAAGAAGUCGUCAAGUCACAACCAUGCGGAACAUAGCAAGCUGAUCAGGACAGAUCCGUCGUGGAUCAGCGAAAGGAUAAAGGAGGAGUUUGUCAAAGUGGAAGUGACAGAGGAAGAAGGUCCGGUGGUUAGUGACAGAGACAUGUCAUACGAUGAACUGCCAGAAGACUUGUCCAAUCCCGACCUGCCCAUGACAUCCAGGAGCGAACUUCAACCUGACUUUUGUAUCGGACCUCCCUAUCAGAACCUACCAUUUGCCGAGUUACUGCCGCCCCCGGACACUCUGGCGAUGUGGUCCAAGGGACGAUCCCUCGACCUGCUGGCCUGCGACCUCAUGAAAAUUCUGUUCACCACUCAGGAACGCAUAACGUGCAACGUCAACGGCAAAAUGGGCAAACUGCAGUUCAACGUCGACAAAAUCAACCUGAUCAAAGAAGUGAUCCACUACUUCAGCGGGUGUAGCGGUGAAAUCUUUGAGGAACAGUGGAAAGUGUGUGUGACCAAAAUAGACACUUCAAACCGUGGCCUCAAAAGAAAAUUUUUGUUGAAGGGUAUAAUCUAAAUGGUCGAAGUGUGAACGCGAAACUUCAAAGUUGGGUUUGUUACCCUUUAUAUUAAAGGAGUAUCGAACAAGUCCUGUCAACUUCUGUACCAUUCAGUAUGUUUAGUUACCGAUAAAUAGAUUUGAUAUUUUAAUAUUUCAUGUUAUUGCAAGGCAUGUGUUUGGUUAAAUUUGUUUGUUACAGUUUUAUUUUUGUGAAUCAAAGUUGUUUUUGUGGAUUUAUUUAUGGUCAUAAGUAUUAUGCCUCGUAAUAUGGUUGAUAUAAUUUAGGGAACUUAGCAUGAAAUGUACACGACUUAUAGUGGAGCAAAAUUAUUUGUUUAAAAAUCUAUAGGCCUAAUGAUUUUAUGACUAGCAAAUUGGAGUAGCAAAAUCAGCUUGGACUUACUUGUUUCAACAAAUAUUUGUUGUUCCAAAGUAAUCUGAUUUUGGAGAAGGUUUUGAAGAUUUGUUGUUGUGAUACUGUAGCAGGUUUGCUCAAUGGAAAAUAGUCCAUUCGAGCACCAGAUACACAAAUACUUAACACUACACAACAGUUCUGCUAGAAACAAUAUUUAUACACAUUGAAGUUGUGUUUCUUGUACCAGGAUGGACUCUUUCCUAUUUGUAUAAUCCUGCUUAUCUCAACAAUUAUAAGUUAAUAUUACAAUCCAAUAUUGUAGGGCAUUGUCCCCAUGUUACAUUA